CUGCAGCUUCCGGAGGUGGUGGCUGUGUCUGGAAGCGGAGCUUGCCAAGCUGGACGACAAGAUGCUUCGCACCCCCAAGUGCUCACGGUGCCGGAACCAUGGCUACCUGGUGCCAGUCAAGGGCCAUGCGGGCAAGUGCCGCUGGAAGCAGUGCAUCUGCGACAAGUGCUACCUGAUCACCGAGCGCCAGAAGAUCAUGGCUGCCCAGAAGGUGCUCAAGACGCAAGGGGCCGAGGAGCAGGCGGCGACCGCGGGCACGCAGGGGCCCCAGCUGCCUCCUGGGGCUCCGGUGGCGGCCCCCGCUGCUGCCGCCGCCGCCUCCUCGAGCUCGAGCCUUUGCCCACUGCCCAGGGUGGCUCCGGGAGGCGCAGGGCCAGGCACCGUGGCCACCUGCUUCCUCGAGAGGCCCCCGCAGGCCUGCAGCCCAGGCCCGAGCGCCUUCCAGCUGGUCCCAGGCGGCCGCCCGGGCCCCAGCACCUUCCAGCCUGCUCUGGGGAGCCCGGGGGGACCGCACGACCGUCCCUCCGCGUGGCUGCCCCCCGCCAGCCCGCAGCCGCCCAGGCCCGAGUCCUGCGGCCCCGAGCAGCGCCUGCUGGUGCGGCCCGCGCCCCGACUGCCGUUCACCGACUACGGGCAUCCUCUGAGAUUCAGCUCUGAUCAUGUCGGGGGCGCUGGGUACCCCGAGAGAGAGCCUUUCCAGCAGUGCCCUGCCUGCGUCCCCAUGCCAUCCUACCAGCCCUUCCCACCGGAGGGCCAGGAUGCGUCCUCGGCUCUGGGGAUCCCUCAACAAAGAAGCUUCCGUCAUGUCUCCUGCAGCCCCUACCAUGGAGGCAGCUUGGUGUCAGAACCAGCCCGGGACCUCCAGCCAACCUACUGCUCACCACCACCGCCUCCGCUGCCGCCUCCACCACCGCAGCCACCCCAGCAGUCCAACUUCCUCCCGUCGGGCUAUCUCUCUGCCCUCCACUUACUGGCCCCGCCGCCACCGCCGCCAUCUCCCCCGACUUUCUCACUGACCAUCCUGUAUGACACAGACAAGGAGGAUACCAAUGAUCAGGAUGUGAGGGCGCUCACCGAGCCCAGCCAGCACUCUUCCCAGGAGCAGUCCAACUAAGCUGCUGGCCACCGGCAGGCCACGGGCGGGGAGGGGCAUAUUCGGCAGCAAUUAUUUUUUUCACCUUUGUUCAUGUUCUAUAUCUAGGAAGGAUAUUGAUAGAUGUAAAAUGGCAGCUAAUUCUGAUUUCACGAUAGGAGGACAAAUGUGGUUUCCAAGGGUCUCUGGACUGUGUGUGUGUGUGUGUGUGUGUGUGUGUGUGUGUGUGUGUGUGUUAAAGUGGUGUAUGAAGGGAGAGAGUGUCCGGGUGGGGCAGGGCCUUUGAAGAAUGGAGCCUGGUGAAACACAAGGUUAGGAAUGAAUUUAACCAUCCUGGGCCAUGCCACUCAUGAAAUUCACCUCUACAGGUGGCCUCUGAUUUCCCCAGGGCUCGCGCGGGACAGAAGGCACCAUCCAUUUCAGCCUUCAGCCCCCUUUGCCCGAUCCCCAGGGCCGGGUACCACAAACACUAAAGCUCCCAGCCUAGGCAGGGCUGGUGCCAGGGACCGGGAUGUUGACAGCAGGUCUGCAGCACCCCAUCUUUGCCCCUGGUCCUUGUCCAGUCAGGAACCGUCCUGACAACGGGGCCACUUCACUUCUCCGUGACGCUUAAGCAUCUAUAGGCAUCCUUUCUCAUUGACAAAUUUCUAGUUUUCGUGUUGGAUGUUUUUAUGGUAGGGAACUCACAGGCACUGAAGCAGUUCUCAGAGCAUAAAUUUGUUCUCUGAGGACAGUUGAGCAUUGAAUAAAGUGAGCAUUAGAAA